AUGAAGAGCGAGAGGGAGCGCAGGGGCGCAGGAGGCUCCGGUGGCCUCGGCGCUGGACUCAAGUACAGCUCGCGGCCGGAGAAUAUGGAUGGCUGUGAGGAGGGCGUGGAGUUUUUGCCAGCCAACAACAGCAGGAAGGUGGAGAAGGGCGGCCCGCGGCGGUGGGUGGUUCUGGUGGCCGUGCUGGCCGCCUUCCUGGCGCUGUCCCUCCUGGCGGGGCUCCUGGCAUGGCACUUCCAGGACCGGAAUCUGCGAGUCCAGAAGAUCUUCAACGGCUACCUGAGUGUCCGGAACGAGAACUUCCUGGAUGCCUAUGAGAACUCCAACUCCACUGAGUUUGCGAGCCUGGCCAAGAAGGUGAAGGAGGCGCUGAAGUUCUUAUACAGCGGGAUCCCGGUCCUGGGCCCCUACUACAAGACGUCGACUGUGACCGCCUUCAGCGAGGGCAGCGUCAUCGCCUACUACUGGUCGGAGUUUGACAUCCCCAAGCACCUGGUGAAGGAAGCCGAGCAGGCCAUGGCGGAGAAGCGCAUGGUCACAGUGCCGCCCCGAGCCCGUUCCAUGAGCUCCUUCGUGAUGACCUCGGUGGUGGCCUUCCCCAGUGACCCCAGAAUAGUACAGAACACCCAGGACAACAGCUGCAGCUUUGCCUUGCACGCCCAGGGCAGCGAGCCCACCCGCUUCAGCACGCCUGGCUUCCCCGACAGCCCCUACCCAUCUCACGCCCGCUGCCAGUGGACGCUGCGGGGGGACGCUGACUCUGUGCUGAGCCUCACCUUCCGCAGCUUCGAUGUCUCCACCUGCGAUGAACGUGGCAGUGACCUGGUCAUGGUGUAUGACACCCUGAGCCCCGUGGAGCCCCGGGCCGUGGUGCAGCUGUGUGGGACCUACCCUCCCUCCUACAACCUGACCUUCCUCUCCUCCCAGAACGUCCUGCUCAUCACGCUGGUGACCAGCACCAAGCGCAGGCACCCCGGCUUCGAGGCUGUGUUCUUCCAGCUGCCCCGGAUGAGCAGCUGUGGAGGCUACUUGCGGGCAGCCCAGGGGACAUUUAACAGCCCCUACUAUCCAGGCCACUACCCGCCCAAUGUCAACUGUACCUGGCACAUUGAGGUACCCAGCAACAAAAACGUGAAGGUGCGCUUCAAAGCCUUCUUCCUGCAGGAGCCCAAUGUCCCCGUGGGCUCCUGCACCAAGGAUUACGUGGAGAUCAAUGGGGAGAAGUACUGUGGAAAGAGGCCGCAGUUUGUUGCCAGCAGCAGGAGCAACAAGAUCACCGUCCACUUCCACUCGGACCAGUCCUACACCGACACUGGAUUCCUGGCGGAGUUCCUGUCCUUCGAUGCCCGUGACCCGUGCCCAGGCAGUUUCAUGUGUAACACGGGGCGGUGUAUCCGGAAGGAACUUCGCUGUGAUGGCUGGGCCGAUUGCACUGACUACAGCGAUGAGCUCGACUGCAAGUGCAAUGCCACCUACCAGUUCACGUGCAGGGACAAGUUCUGCAAGCCCCUGUUCUGGGUCUGUGACUCCGUGAAGGACUGUGAGGACGGCAGCGACGAGGAGGGCUGCAGCUGCCCGCCCAAUGCCUUCAAGUGUGACAACGGGAAGUGCCUCCCUCAGAGCCAGCAGUGUGACAGGAAGGACGACUGUGGCGACGGGUCCGAUGAGGCCAAGUGCCAAGACGUGAAAGUCGUCACCUGCACCAAACACACCUACCGCUGCCUCAACGGGCUCUGUGUGGACAAGAACAACCCCCAGUGUGACGGGAACGAGGACUGUGCUGAUGGCUCGGAUGAGAAGGACUGUGACUGUGGGCGGCGGUCGUUCACCAGGCAGUCCCGAGUCGUCGGAGGUGAGAAUUCAGACCAAGGCGAGUGGCCUUGGCAGGUGAGCCUCCACGCCCUGGGCCAGGGCCACCUGUGCGGGGCCUCUCUCAUCUCCCCCAGCUGGAUGGUGUCCGCCGCACACUGCUUCAUCGACGACAGAGGAUUCAGGUACUCGGAACACAGCGUGUGGACGGCCUAUCUGGGCCUGCAUGACCAGAGCAAGCGCAGCGCCCCGGGGGUGCAGGAGCGCGGGCUGCAGCGCAUCAUCACGCACCCGUUCUUCAACGACUUCACCUACGACUACGACAUCGCGCUGCUGCAACUGGACCGGCCGGUGGACUACAGCGCCACCAUCCGGCCCAUCUGCCUGCCCGCGGCCGACCACACCUUCCCCACCGGCAAGGCCAUCUGGGUCACCGGCUGGGGCCAUACGCAGGAGGCCGGCCAGGGGGCUAUGAUCCUGCAGAAGGGCGAGAUCCGGGUCAUCAACCAGACCACUUGUGAGCACCUGCUGCCGCAGCAGAUCACCCCACGCAUGAUUUGCGUGGGCUACCUCAGCGGUGGUGUGGACGCCUGCCAGGGCGACUCCGGGGGCCCCCUGUCCAGCCCGGAGGCGGAUGGGCGGAUGUUUCAGGCCGGCGUGGUGAGCUGGGGCGAGGGCUGCGCGCAGAGGAACAAGCCCGGUGUGUACACGAGGCUCCCUGUGUUCCGGGACUGGAUUAAAGAGCAGAUCGGUGUAUAG